AUGACAGCCGCAGUAAUAAUUCACGUUAACUCUGACGAAGAUUUACGGAAAUGUCAUAAUAUCCGCACAGAAAUAUUUGUCAAAGAGCAAGGAUGUUCAGCCGAAGGCGAAAUCGACGAUUACGAUCCACUUCCAACUACUCACCACUUUCUCGCCUUACUAUCCACCGCAUCGAUUGGGACUGUCCGUCUUCACCCAUAUCCAUCAUCACAUUCCACGACGUGCAAAUUAGGUCGGCUAGCGGUUCUUCCUCAAUGGCGUAAUUCCGGUUACGGCCGACAGUUACUUUCAACAGCAGAGUUGUACGCUAAAAAUGUUUUGGGAAUGGAAAGGAUCUUAUUGCAUGCUCAAAUACAUAAAAGAAACUGGUACGAAAAAGCUGGGUAUAUUGUCGUGAGCGAAGAGGUCAUCUUGGAGGAGGGAAUUGAACACGUGAAGAUGGAAAAGGCGUUGAAAGAGGAAUAUAAUGACGAAGUCAAGUAG